GAUGUAAAUAUUGGAACGACGGAUACGCGGAGGACCAAGGCAUGGCAUCGGAAGGCGGCUGCGAAAGACGAAUGUCGGUGAACUUCUCCUGAUGACAGACUGUGACAGCGAGACCUCUGCACGAUGUCCCUACCAUCAACGAUGUUCCGUCAUACGUUGCGUUUCGCAUAUUUUGUUUCUCUUUUACUGCUUCUUGACAAUAUCGCCCGCUGUCAAACGAAGCAAAUCUGAACGCUGUCAGACCCAAAGAUUGAGAGUCAAGAGUGGGAAAAAUUGGCCGCCCAGGAUGAAUGAACGAAGAACCAAUCCCGAAUCCGAGAGCCAAAAAACCUUAGGGGAACGUUACAACUUACCACGCGCGACACCUGCUCAUGAACUGCUGUCUUGAUCUCUAUAAAGAAAGAGGUCAAAUGCUGUCGUCUUAUAUUUCCUUUCGGUUGUAACACAAUCCGCUGGUGUCCGCCUACGAGCAGGCGAGAUUAUCAGCUCAAAAAUUGUGCUCAAAAGGCCGCAUACCGACCGAAUCACUGUUCAUUAGACCAAAGACCUAGUGCAUCUGCCAAACAGCGCAGCCUU